UUGUCAAUGUCAUUUAUUGUCAGUGAAUCGCCGAACCGAAGUGUGAAAAUUACUUUUUGCUAUCCUAUUGUAAAUUAGAAUCUAUCUUGCGUUAAUUUUAUUUGCCAAACGAUCCAAUCGUGACUUUGUGAGCGGAGUAGAGCUGAAAGAAAUCAAAAUUCCUCCUGCUGCGGUGACCCAAGGGACAUCUCUCCGAAGUGCUGACUGGCAUUCGGAGAUGUUGGCGGCGUGCGAGGUGGGCGAAGUGUUCGCGCUGCUGGAGGGCGGCGCGGCGGGGGCUCGUGACGCGGCCGAGGCGCUCUGCGCGCUGUACGCCGCCGUGCGCGAGCCCUGGCUCACGCGCGCCCUGCUGCUCUACCACGCGCGCACCGGCUCCGCGCGCGCCCUGGAGCUGCUCGCCCGCGCGCCCGAGGCGCACGCGCGCCACCUGCUGGACGCGCUGCAGGACCAGCUGCGCGCCGACCGCGGCGCCCGCCACCACGCCUUCGCCGCGCUCGCGCCGCUCGUGGCGCGCCGCCCGCCCUGGCUGCACCGCCUGCCCACGCACCCGCUGGCGCGCGACCUGCUGCGCGCCGCGCGCAUGGAGCGCGAGACGCUGCCGCUGCUGCACGCGCUGCUCGCGCUCGCGGCCCUCGUGCCCGCCGCACCCUCCCUCGUGGUCACGCAUCCGCACGACCUGGCGGAUGCGUUGAUCCGACCGGCGUUACUGGAACCGCCGCCGCCGCCGUCUGCGCGUGCGCACUUGCACCUGGCGCAGCUGGCGUUGUUCCGUGCGCUGUACGCCACACACCCGUGCACGCUGGCUGAGGCGCUACGGGCACAUGGCGCCGAUUACAACGGCCCACGUGAGGCCUGGGAGCGCGCCGUCGCUUCGCUCGCCUCCUCCGUGCGCCUGCACCCGGCGCUGCUCGUCGGCUCGCGGCUGCGCGAGGCCGACCCCAACCGAUGGGCUCGCCUCGAGAUCCAUGACGUGGUGGCGGAGACACGCCGCUUGUCGCUGCCGAUGCGCGACGACCCCGCUCCGUCCCCGCAGCCGGCGCCGCCGCCCGCCCCCCCCGCGCAGUCGCCGGCGCCGGGCUCGGGCGCGCACGCCGCACGCGCCGCCUCCGCGCUGCGUCCCGGCGCCGAGCCGUGGUUCCCGCUGGUAGACCGCUGUGGUGCUGAUUCGGCACCCCCGACUCCUCUGCCGGCCGAUGCGGAUGCGGCCGAGCCACCCGAAGCUGCCGUAGAAGCGACCCCGGAGAACACGCCGGCGCGAGAGACCCGCGCUCAGUUUAGAUUUCCUGCCGACUCCGGCGCAGUCCGCGCAAUCGGGCGCCGUUCCCGCGGCACGUCGCCGCCGCGAAAGGAGACGUCCCCAGCCGGGGACGCGUACACGGCGCGGCUGGCGCGAGUGGCGCUGGAGCGUCGCGCGGCGGACUCGCCGGUGCCGUUUGCGGGGGCGCCGCCCGCCGCCGGGGUGGCGCGGCCCGAGCCCAGCCGCCCCACCGGGCCCGACAGCGAGCCGCUCAACGUGGAAGACCGCGAGGUGCUGGAGCUGACGCGGCUGUCGGCGGCGCCGGACGACUGGCCCGAGACGGAAGGCUACGGGCGCGAGCGCGCGUCCAUCCCCGACCCGCGGCGCCACUCGCCGCCGUCGCGUCGCUCGCGCGCGUCGUCGUCGGGCCGCGCGCCGCCGCCGCGCCGCCCCGCGUCCUGCGAGCGCGCCGGCUCCACGCGCCGCUCCGAAGUCGCCGUGCAGACCGUCGACACUUGGCCGGAGCCCUACGAGUUCAUCAUCUCUGACUUUUACCGAGCAUUCCCGGAGGAGACUGCCCGACAGGGCGAGACGGGAUCUGAUCGGCUGGACACGUACCUCGCGGAUUUGUACGCGGGCCGCACCGGCAGCGCCGGAACCGGCGUGAGUGAGAUGGCUGAGCAGGUGGCGCUACUGCACGCGCAGCUCAUGUACGAGCGCUGGCGACGCGAGGCGCACGCCGAGCGCAACCGCCGCCUGCUCGGCCGCUGUCGGCAGGUGCGCGCGCUCGAGCUGCGCACCCACGCGCUGCAGGACCGCGUGCUGGCGCUCACCCGCGAGCGAGACGAGCUGCGCACGCGCCUCACGCGCGAGCCCGCGCCCGCCCUUGCCCCCCGCCGCGCCCCCGCCGCCGAACCACACGACGCGCUGGCCGCCGAGCGGGCUGCCCGGCUGCGUGCCGAGGCCGCGCUGCACGAGGCCGAGGCAGCGCGGGCCCUGGACGCCGCCGAGCUGCAGCGGCAGCGCGCCGACUCGUUCGAGGCGGCGCGGCACGUCGAGGCACUGGCGCGCGCCGCGUUGGUUUCCGAGCGCCGCGCCGAGCACGUGCGCCGGCUGCGGCGGGAGCUGCUCGUGCUGGGCGAGCGGGAGGCGCGGCUGGCGGAGGCGGCGCGCACGGCGGCGGCGCCCGCCCCGCGUCCCGGUAUCGACGAGCGCGCUUUGCGAGCCGCCUGCGCCCGCGCCGAGGCCAGCGCGGAGGCUGCCACAGCGCGCGCAGAUGCGGCGGCGGCGCGUGCGCACGAGUUGGAGACGGCGCUAGCUGCCCGCGACGCCACCGUGGCGGAGCUGAAGCGUGCCACACGGGCCGCGGCCGAGGAGAGCGCGGCUAAGCUGCGCGCGCUGCACGACAAGUACUCGGCGCUGCUGCGCGUGGUGCGCGCCACGGAGGCGCGGCGGCUGGAGUGGUUGGCGGCGGCGGCCCCGGCGGCGGCGGCGGGGGCGGGGGCGGCGCGCGGGGAGGAGACGCCGGCGCGCAGCUAAUUCGUCGUGUGCGGCCGCGUCGCCGGGUAAGACGCGCGACUCCCGCGCCGGCGACGUCGCUCCCGCUGUCAUGACGUCACUACGAUAUAUUCAUGUCGGCUGUCCUCUUUCCUUGAAGACUCCACCCUCGUAAAUAUCGUAAUUAUUUUUCGAGUGAAGUGUUCGUGAUUCGUUCGACCUCGUUUAAUUUCGGUGGCAGAGUACGAGUGCUCGUUAUUGGACGCGUCGAGAUCAAGUGUGACUAUUGGUAGAUAGUGCUUUUAAAAAAUAAAAUGAAGUGUUUAUUUGCAACAAAAUGAAUAUUUUCGUGUUAUAUGUAAGAAUGUUAUUCGUAUAUUAUAUUCUAAAUGUAACAGUACACCUAGAUGUUUCCCACAAAAUAUAGUGCUAACACAACAUGUAGGCCGUAUAUUUUACAUGAUUAUGCUCUAGAUGGUAUUUAAAUUAUUUACUUAAUGACUUGCUAUUUCUUGAUUCGUUCAUUGAAAAUAUAAAUCGUCAUUGUUAAAAAGAUGUUCAUUUAAUGUCAUAUUGAAAUAAAAUGAGUAUUCAUAAGAUACAGGUUACUGGAAACAACUUUAAACAGUGCUUUUCUAUACAAAUCAUAUAGAUUGGCUAAGUCGCCAGGACGUCCGGUCUUCAGCGAUCAGUUCGCUAGCCUGAUGAUUCGUAGCUUGUGUCGGAAUGCCAGACUAAGCUCCUUUAGUAUUGUAGUCAUUGACACACUGGUGCCGCUAAGAUUAGUUUAAGGGAGGUGCAUCAACGCCUAUGGUGUGUACUACAUAAUACCGUAAAUUAUUUUUUUCAAAUUCAAAUCGCGCUGGCUUGUGAAAAUUUUCUAUAAUAAAAACCCUCUGUGUUCGAUAGUUCUCAUUGUUGCAGAUUUAUUCAGUGCCUUUUUUUGUAAUUAUUUCUAGGCGGGGGGGGGUGCACGUGCACCUACUUGCACCCCCCUCCCGGCGCUCAUGUUGACACAAAUUCAGACCAAAACAGAAACAUGAGUAAUCUAUCCAAAAAAAAUAUAGUCGAUGUCAGACCUAUUCACAUACAAUACGAUUUAUUGUAUUGAUAUCUUAUUUGUGGUAAGCGACAAAUACGAUGCGACAAGGUAUAUUAUUACAAUGAAUGAAUGAAUGACGCACCAUAUUCAGCUGGUGCAUUGCAUUGUGCAUGUAGUUAAGAUUAGGGAUUUAGAGAGCAUUAAAAGUCUAAAAUCAUGAGUUGCUUGGAUCCAUGCCAGAUUUGACAAUGGUGUUGCCGCCUAAAUAUUUGAAUAGUCACUAAACAACACGAGUUGCAUCUCUGCCUAUCUUCCAAUGACUAAGUGUAAGCUAAUAUUACAUUGAUAAUAUUAAAAUAAAUUUAUUUCCACCAUUCUCCUUACAUAGCAUGCGCUGUGUUUUCAAAAAAUAUUUUGGAAUGGUUCUUUCCGCAAAUCGUAUGGAUUUGUCGUUUACCUUCGACAAGACUGUCUAAGAGUAAGCCCUAUGCGAACGGAUUUUAGAGCUUACGUUUUCAUAGUUCAGUAUGUUCAGCGUUUUAAAGUAAUAUGCAAAAAUACAACCCUUGGAUUAAAAAAAAAGGUUUAUAUUGUGUUUGACUGUUAAAACUGAGUACAUUUGUAAUAAACUGUACUCCAUUUCAGUGUAGGUGUGUCAAGCCAGAAUUGAAAUAAUUAACGAAACGGAAAUCACUAGAUCGUGGAUAAAUAGAGAUUUAAAUAGUUUAUCAGUACGUUUUGUGACAUCAAAUAUGAUUAUUUUAGUAACUAGCGAUUUUGAAUAAAGUGAACAAAUGAACUUAUAUUAAAGCGUAAACACUACCUUGGGACGGGCCAGAAAUGUAAACAAAUAUGGUAAAUAUUCCUUUUUAUAUGUUCCAUAGGGAACCGACUAAGGUCACCGACCAAGUUGCGAAGUCAUAACUAAUUUCAUUAUAAAUUACAUCCAAAUUUUGUCAGUGGUGGUAGAUAAUCGUUCCAAAAACUUAUUUUUAUAUGACGUGUCAAGCUUACUAUUCCAUUUAAGGCAAUGGCAAUGUAUAAUACCAUAUAUUAUAUACAUUUAUCAUGGCCAUCGUUCAUCGGGUAUGUCAGUUGAAGAAGAUCACUUUGAGAAAUUAUAUGACGCUUUUAGUCAAAAAUCCUUCAAUGUCUUAAGACCAAGAUAUACAACCAAUGUGUACUGCCCAUGCUCACUACAAGGCCGAAAUAUGACACCUCACCAUAACACAUUUGUACAAGAUCAGAGUAGCACAGCGGGCUAUGGAUCGGGCCAUGCUAGGUGUCCACUUGGUAGGUCGUGUGCCAAACGUGGAAAUUCGGCGUCGGACCAAAGUCGUACCCCCUUAUUCAAAAAUGUUUUUUAUCUAAGGACGGAGCAUUGCUUUGAUAACAAGUCUGUUUCUCAGUGCUGAUGGCAUGGCAGCCUUCGCAGUGCGUAGACAUAGGGCCGUUGUGUUUGGAUAAUAUUGAAAUACCACUUGAAACUGGUUGGCUGUCAGAUAAACAAAGCUGAGAAACAGACUUGUGAUCACAGCAAUGCUCUGUCCUUCGAUAAAAAUCGUCUAUGAAUAAGGGGGGUAGACGUCAGCACAUGCAUCGCCAAACUGGAGUAAAAAUGGGCGAGACACUUAGCUAGAUGGUAUGACGGCAGGUAGAUAAAGGCAACCACCGAAUGGUGCCGAGGAAGGUGCUGAAGAGGCAAACCACCAGCCCGAUGGACAUAAGACCUGGCCUGCUAUGUCGGGAAGCAGUAGCUAAGACUCGCACAAAACGGAGAAGAGUGGCGUGACAAAGAGGAGGCCUAUACUCAGCAGUGCGUGGGUACGGGCAGAUUAGAUAGAUAUAUAGACAUACCAACAUUUUACAUAGUUAUGGCAGAGUCUUUAUUACACAUCAAAUGAGGCAGUUGAUACUAUAACGGCCUAACUCAUAUUUCUGGGCUUUACAACCUGUCUGAAAAAAAAAUGAAAUCUACCGCCUUGACCCAUCUCCGACUAAUGCCUAGUUGAAAAUAGAUUUCAUCUCAGUAUUUGAUGGUUAAGAUAGUUUUGCGAUUACCUCAAACUUUAAAAUUUAACCAAACGAUACAAUUGUUAGAAAUUAUAAUGUAUUUGUUUAAAUUUCGCGUGCAAGGCUGGUGUUUAUACUUUACCUAACUGCUUUUAUUUUAAUAAUAUAGUGGCAGUACUGUACAGUUAUAUUUCGAGGCAUUUUUGGAUAUUGUAAAUAAUCGUGUACUAAGCCCAGCGUAACGCUUACGCCUGAGUAGCUGAUUAGGUGUUAUAUGGCUUAUUGUACAUACUAUAUGCAUUUAGGGUAAUUGUAUUGGAUGGCGGGGCACGGAUUUUAACAACUAAUAGCCUGUUUAUUUAUAGUGAGAUUUAUUUUCAAGAUACUGAAGUAUUUCGCUGCCUUAAUUUAAAUAAACCCAUCCAUCUAUUUGAAAGUUAUAUGACUUUAUUGCGCUGUUUAUUUUGGUUCUAAAAGUGACUAUUAUACGUUGCCAAUAAUAUUACGUUGAUCCACGUGAGUUACACUACGGGACUCACUAAUGGGAGUUUGGACAUCUGUUUUGGGCUCCUAUGAUAGCAACUAACGUGGUGUAGGUACCUAUUCCAAGAUCGAUACAUACCAAUAUCGUAGUGCAAGGUCGCAAGAUGAAACCAAUAAAAUAAAUUGACUUACAAACAACCUUGCGAAACGUAAUGUAAAUAAAUAGGUUCUUUUUACGCAAUUUUUUUUUUCAUUAUUAUUUUUAUAAGAUUUAAAAAAUUGUUUUUUGUCCUUUGUUUUGAAAAUACUGGUUGAACAAAAUGGCAGUUAUUAAGUCAAAUUUAAAUCCAUUGAAAUUAUAAUACAGUCACUUCAUUCAUGGGUGGUGAACCAAAAUAGAUGCAUUUUUUGUCUUCUAUAUCUCGUGCAUUUAUUUCAAGUUGCACAAUAUAUUUAUUUUUGUCUUAUACAUCUCGUUUCAAGUUGCAUAAACAAAUGGUUGCAAAAUUUCCGUGUGCCGCCAUCUUGAGACGCCUUUAAUAAUGUCAUAGAUGUAAUAUUGUUUGUAUAAUACGUAAAGCACGCUCGUGUUGAGUUUAUCACAAAAUAUGUAAAAUAUCCGGUACGGUUGUAUAUUCAUAUGAAUUACGGUUAUUUUCGCUUCCAGUGUUUCAUAUAUUUUUAAAUAAUGUUAAGUGUUAUAAUAAAAUAUAUACAGCAAA